AUGUGCGUGGAUUUCACAGACCUGAACCGAGCCUGCCCCAAAGACUGCUAUCCCCUGCCAAGGAUAGAUCAAUUGGUUGACUCCACCAGCGGCCAUGCACUGCUCAGCUUCAUGGAUGCCUUUUCAGGCUACCACCAAGUAUUCAUGCACCCCGAUGACAGAGCAAAGACAACGUUCAUCACAAGCGCAGGAGUGUUCAACUACAAAAUGAUGCCUUUCGGCUUGAAAAAUGCCGGAGCCACCUACCAGAGGCUAGUUGAUCACGUCUUCGCCGACCAGAAAGGGAGGAAUGUGGAGGUCUAUGUGGAUGACUCCAUCGUAAAAAGCAUCAAGGAGGAAGACCACGUCAAAGACUUGGCAGAGACCUUCGGAAAUCUGAGGAAAUACAGCAUGAAGCUGAACCCAAAAAAAUGCGUCUUCGGGGUGAAGUCAGGGAAAUUCCUCGGAUUCAUGGUGAGCGAAAGAGGAAUUGAUGCGAACCCGGACAAAGUCCAAGCGGCAUUGGAUUUACCCGAGCCGAAGACCAAGAGAGAUGUGCAGAGGCUAACCGGCAGGUUAGCCGCACUAACAAGGUUCAUAUCAAAAGCCUCGGACAAGGGAGCCCCCUUCUUCAAAGCACUGAAACCAAAGAACCUCCCCGGAGGAGAAGCAGAACCAGUCAAGAAAAAGGGGGUCCCGAGGAAAGUGGAUCCCGAACUGAUAUGGGAACAGGAGCAAAAAGAAGCUUUUCAGCAACUCAGAGCCCACCUAGCUCAACUGCCGACACUGGCCAGACCAAAGGAGGGGGAAACCCUGUACCUAUAUGUCGCAGUUAGCCCUGGAACCGUCAGCGCAGUGCUUCUUCGGGAAGAAGAAAAGAAGCAACAGCCAAUCUACUUCACCAGCCGAACACUCACAGGGGCCGAAACCCGGUACCCACUCAUCGAGAAAGUCGCAUAUGCAGUAGUGGUAGCUGCACGAAAACUGAGGCCAUACUUCGACUCCCACCAGAUCACAGUGCUAACUGACCAACCGCUCGAAAAAGUACUCGACAAAAUAGAGAGGUCAGGAAGAUUGGCUGCCUGGGCCUUCGAACUAUCAGAGUUCGGCAUCAAAUAUCAGCCGAGGACAGCAAUCAAAGCACAAGCAUUGGCAGACUUCUUGGCCGAGUGCUCAUACCAGGAAAUGCUGGAUGAUACGAAAAGCACUUGGGAGGUCUUCACUGACGGAUCUUCCACAAUAAACGGCUCAGGAGCAGGAGUUGUACUAAUCCCCCCGACGGGGAAAAGCAUAGAGUAUGCAUUGAAGUUCGGCUUCAAAGCAACUAACAACGAGGCCGAAUAUGAGGCCGCAAUCGCAGGGAUAGAGAUUUGUUUAUCCCUGGAGGCCGAGCAUGUUUGCCUCAAAACUGAUUCCCAGCUUGUAGCCAACCAGAUCCGAGGGGAGUAUGAGGCCAAAUGGCCCAGCAUGACAGCUUACUUAGCAAAAAUUAAAUCCUUAACGUCAAAGUUAAGAUCCUUUGAAGUCAUUCUCAUCCCCCGAGGACAAAACACGCAAGCAGACGCACUGUCAAAACUCGCAAGCUCAACACUCAUCGACCUAAAUAGGUCGGUCCACGUGGAGGUUCACCAAGAGAGAAGCAUUGACUUGCCACCCACCACAGUAUGCAGCUUACGUACCGAACCCAGCUGGAUGGACGCAGUAGUUGCAUACAAAGAAAGGGGAGAACUUCCCGAGGAUAAGCUGCAGGCAAGAAAACUGAAAAGAUUCAACAAGUGGUUCAUCAUCAGCGCCGAAGGAGAGCUCAUGAGGAAAUCAUUCUCUGCUCCGCUGCUAAAAUGUGUGGGUCCAACAGACGCUGACUACAUCCUAAGGGAAAUCCACCUCGGGAUAUGCGGAAACCACAUCGGAGGCAGGACAUUGGCACAUAAAGCCCUUCGGGCCGGGUACUGGUGGCCCACUAUGGUUUCCGAGGCAAAGCAGAUGGCAAGGAAAUGCGAGAAAUGCCAAAAGUUCGCACCAGCCAUCCAUCAACCAGCUCAAACCCUACAAUCAACACUGUAUCCCUUACCAUUCGCACAGUGGGGGUUAGACAUCAUUGGUCCCUUCCCCUCAGCGACGAACCAGAAGAAGUGGUUGAUUGUAGGAGUCGACUAUUUUAGCAAAUGGAUCGAAGCCGAAGCUGUCUCCUCCAUCACCGAACCUCAGGUCCGCAAGUUCAUAUGGCAGAACAUCAUCACAAGGUUCGGCAUACCAAGACUGAUGGUCUUCGACCACGGGAAACAGUUCGACAACACCCCGUUGCAAAAGUGGUGCAAACAGUUCGGCAUACACCUAGCGUACUCAGCAGUCUGUCACCCACAAAGCAACGGGCAAGCCGAAGCUGCUAACAAACUCAUCCUCAAUGCACUCAAGAAAAGAGUCGAGGACGACAAAAACAAAUGGUUAGAAGAGCUACCCGGAACGCUAUGGUCCCUUCGGACCACUGAGAAAGAAGCUACCGGGCAAACACCGUUCCACCUUGUAUACGGAUCCGAAGCUGUAAUCCCUGUGGAGAUCGGAACAGAAAGCCUGAGGAUCCAGGCAUACAACAGGUAUGAUGGGCUCCAAGGAGAAAGCAACAACCAACUUCUAUCCGAAGCUCUCGAUCUACUGGACGAAGCUCGGAACGAUGCAAGGACACUCAACGCAGCCUAUUUGCAGAGGGUCAACAAGCAUUACAACCGAAGAGUCAACGCCAGACCCCUAAAAGUCGGUGAUCUAGUACUCAGAAACGCCGCCUCGGUUCAGAAAGGACGGAUCCAUGGCAAACUCUCAGCCACUUGGGAAGGACCAUACAUCAUCCAUUCCGAAAAAAGGCCAGGCACGUUUAUGCUGAAACAGUUAGAUGGAACAAUUUUGAAGAACCAUUGGAAUACCGAUGUUCUCAAGAAAUAUUUUGUAUGAUCUCUGUCUGUAAACCAAGUAAGUUGUUUAAUGAGAAGAGGAAAGCCAUGGGCACCAUGAGUUUCAUUAAACUUAUCUCUAUAUUUAUUGUCCCUUUAUAUAUACAUGCAGCCUCGGAUCUGAUCAAUCCGAGACUAAAAACAGGAUUGACUUUGCCCAUUCCUUGAUAAAAUGCAAGAAAUGACCAAAUCAUACACUUCAGGGAAUCGUCCAGAAUCCUCGGAUUCGCGGUACCCUAAUAAAAUUUGUUCGCAACAAACAGUCGCUCGAAUCAAGUUAUAAAACUCCGGCUCAGAUCCACGGAUCGCCGAAGGCAUAACUAAGAGGCAGACUAGCGAUCUCUUGCCCAGGUUUCCGAACCACAAGAGAUCGGAAGAACAAUCCAAACCUCUGAGCAGAUCGACGGAUUUGAAGAGUCUGGAAACUAAAGAGUCUCUUAGCAGAUCUACGGAUUUGAAGAACUCGCAAAACUAAAGAGUCUCUUAGCAGAUCUACGGAUUUGAAGAACUCGCAAAACUAAAGAGUCUCUUAGCAGAUCUACGGAUUUGAAGAACUCGCAAAACUAAAGAGUCUCUUAGCAGAUCUACGGA